CGUGUCUGUGCCAACGUCUUUCAGGAACCUGUGUACGUAUUUAUAUUUCAUGUCGAAAUUAUUCACUUCACCCUUCAACUCGGAAAGUCGCCCUAAAUAAAUGCUCAGAAAGCACUACAAGGGGGACAACAAGAGCGUACUUUACAUAUUCAAUAGGUUGUCCAAAUAUUGCGGAAAACCUGUCCACCACAACAUGAGUGAAGAUCCACCAAACUUUAAAUGGGACUUUUAUCAUUCAUUGUUUUUUGUCAUAACUGUUGUCAGUACCAUAGGAUAUGGUAAUUUAGCACCUACAACGAUGUUCACCAGAGUUUUUAUGAUUUUUUAUGGUUUGAUUGGAAUAUCAAUGAAUGGUAUAGUUAUGGUGACUCUAGGAGAAUACUUCGGAAAAUCGUUCAAAAAGUUGUAUCGCCGUUGGAAGAGUCUGAAUAUUGAGAAAAAUUCUGCAAAAUUAGGACUGAUUGGACAAAUCAUCCUGUACGCUGUGCCUGGUCUAACUUUCUUCAUUUUCCUUCCGUCAACAAUCAUAAGUUUUUUCGAAGGAUGGAACUAUGACGUCGCAGUUUAUUUUGCUUUUGUUACCCUCACAACAAUAGGCUUUGGAGAUUAUGUUGCAGGUGUUCAGAAUGUUCACGGAUUUGAUCCAUUAAUAGAAGCUGGUUAUCAAAUAUUUUUACUGGUAUGGGUAAUAGGAGGCAUAGGUUACGUCCUGAUGGUAAUUGGUUUUAUUACUCAAGGUAUGAGAAGUAAAAAGAUAGCAAAAAUUGAAAAAAUGCUAUCAGAAAAUAUAAAAAGAACCCCUCAUAAAAUCCGACAUGAAUUACGUACACUUCUUCACGAGUUCCUUUUCAUGAGAGUGAAACCUGUAUACAAAGGAGAUUUCGAAUACACCCCGACUAUCCUAGAAAGAAGUCAAAGUUGUCCUGACUUGACUAUCUGGAGGAAGAAGGAUUCUCCAUCCUUGGCCAGGAAGAGAGCGAUGUCCGAAUGUUACAAAUACAACGUAUUGGAGAAGGUCCAGUCCGAAACAGAAUUAGACAAAAUCGACAAAGAGAGAACAUUCAAACCCUCUGACGCAUUUAUGAAACAAAAAGAUCUUCUACUUAAAGUUGUUGAUGCUCUGAGUGCAACAACCAGAACUCCAGGCGAAGGUGGUAUACAUUGCUUCUCAGACAGGGAAAUCCUUGCCAGCGAACGGUAUGACGAUCCUCCAGACUUCAAGCCACAAAGAAGGCGCGCCAUGAGCGACAUUAAACCUCCCCUUCCCCAAUACUCGAGCCAACAGACACUCAAUACUUGGUACGGAGAGGACGCUGCAAAGGCCAUCAAUUUCUACCGCAACAAACGUGCAUGGUCUGUUGCCAAACCAAAUGUUGAGGAGGAUAAACCUACAUUCCUUCAACGGAUUCAACGCCUGAAAAAUGUUUUCAGAAAAGACGAUAGAGAUGUGGAUGUCGAAAAGCAAAACGAAGAAAAUAUCCCAGAGAAAAAGAGUAGAGCAUUUUCCAUUGUAUCACCUGAGGUUAGUAGCGCCCGAAGAAACUCCAUCAGGGCUAUGCGUCAGGGACAAGUUUUAGAACAAACAUCUAUAGCUGAUUUCAUCAGAGCGCUCAGUGCUAUUACAGUGUCGGACAAUUUACCCGAGGACCAACCCAGGAGGAAACUUGGCACGGCAAGUUUGACUCCGCCGAAUUAUUCUCCGAAAUCAAGGAAAAUGUCUAUCCUGCCACAUAUUUCCAACAGAAGAACAUCUUUAAUUCCAACUUCCCACAUAACUCCAACACCUAGAAGAUUGUCCUUGAGACCGGUAGAAGAAAAUAUCCUGAACUUUCCUAGUGAGCAGUGCCCGCCCAUAUCGGAAGCAAUGAACUCAUUCGGUGUCGGAAGGACAGGUAGAAGGUUCUCAGUGAAGCCUACGAACACUUCCAAUUUGGUGUCGUUUGUGAACAGCCCAGUGAAAAAUCAAGUGAAUAGACGAAAACGACACGAUUCCUAAUGUAUAUAGAAUGAGUCCGUGGUAUCACAUUUUGACGAUGAAAGUGAUUCUGGAAAAUUGCCUAUUCAUGGUGAAUGGCGAUAACUGUGAUAAUAUUCAGAGUUGGAUAACAUUCGAAAUAGGCGUUUGUAGUGUCUAAUAAAGUUUAGCAACUGAAUUUUAGAUUGAAAUAUCAUCAAGUUGGUUCAAGUGGAUGAUAAUUUGAAUAUCUUAUCACUUAUCAUUUAUCUGAAAUAGUGGUUACAAAAUUUAGUCACACGGCGCCCAUAUGCGACACACCGCCACCAUCUCCACAAAAAAGUAUAAACGAGAAAGCUUUCUACUUAUUUGAAAUAAGAAUUAUGCUUAAUAACUACAUCUAUAGAUGUUUAUUUUUUCAUCUUUACCUUUUCCUUACUGUCGCCAUCUGUUUGUUACGAUUAGGCUACACUGACAUCUGACAUAUUGAAGCAUUAAUUUCGGUGUUGCCAGACUGACGGAAGAUUCCGCGAACACCAAUUAAAUUUUUCCUAACUUCUGCCUUAUCUACACUCGUAAGGGGUAUUUUCUGAAAUGCAUUUUAUUAUAGUUCUAUUAACUCACAACUUUGAUAGCUGAGGGAAGCUGAACUCGCGUAAACUUUCAAACGCAAAAUAAUUUAGCGCCCACCUUUUGAGCUUGAAUGGAAAGGGGUUCGGCAUUUUUCAGUUAGGAAUCAAAAUACAUUGCACUAGACUUCUGAAAAGAACUGAUUGGGAACUUAUUAUUGCUAGAGAUAGGGAGUGAAAAGUCUGCAACGAAAUAUACAGUGUGUAUCAGCAAAAUAAAAUUAAUUCCAUUAGGGGAGUUUUUAGUCAUGUACUUUUUCUACAGAAGAAUUCAUACAGGGUAUGUCAUAUAACAGUGGCCAAAUACAGAUACUGUAUUUUAUUCAAUUUUCGGACUGUCAAAACAUUUGUUAUAUGUACAUAUACGUUCGGGUUAUUCAAUCUAUGAAUACAGUCUUAGACCUUGGAUUAUAAGGUUAUAAAUUAUAUUGAUUUUUGAAAUAUAUUGUUCUGAAAACUCCAACAAUUGCAUGCAUAUUUCAUUCAAAAUGAGAAAAACGUAAACUAACAUCCAAUGAAACUCGUUUGUUUUAGGGGUGAUAAAAUAAUUGUUUUUAUUUCAAUCUGAGAAAUCAGUUGCUUCACUUGAGGAUUUUAUCCGGCGUUCCUGUACAUGUGAUUUAUAAAUAUAUUUCUAAGUAAUGUGCCUAUUUUAAAUAUAAGCACCCCAGUAAGAUUAGGAAAUGAAUGGUAGGGAUGUAAGCAAGAAACUAUUUAUUUGAGGUUCAUUAAAAAAGAGUCCAAUUCCUUUGAUGCCUUCUUUCUAGCAACUUAUGUACCUGUAGUGAAACGAUAAUAUGUAACGUUAUUCUUUUGUGAAAUGGAAUUGGCUGAUUGUACUGCAAAUUUUCUAUUGGUAAAUGGUAGCAGUGUACGUUUUUGUGAUGACACCGCUAAUUAAUGAACAUUUUUAUAAAAUAAAUCCACAAAACUA